CCCCCCUGCGGGUAUUUAUGGCCUGAAGAUUCAUUUGAAACUGGUUGGGGAUUAGGAAAUUCUAACCAAAAAAGAUGAAAGCAAAUUGACUGGAAAUGGUGAGGCUUUAUUUUUUUUUAAUGUGGCCUGUCAAUUUAAGGGAGCACUAGAGUUUUGGGCAGAACAAGAACUGCAAGGACAUUGCUAGGUGAUGGAUCACUAGCUCUGACUGACUACGCUUAUCUCUUAGUCUGAAGAACCCAAACAGUCAGGACAGAAAGAGCAAGAGAAGGGUUAAACAAACGCAUGGCUGUUUUCCCCGGCUCCUCCUCUUUCUUCUUGUGUCUCUGCUCCAUUCACACUGAGCAGGCAGAACAAGUGUAUUGUCCGAGGCAGGGAGGCUGAGUUGGACCGGCAGAAAAAUAACAAUUCUGCAGUUGAUUGAUUGAGAUCCACCUUAACAGGGGUAGCUGGAGCUAGCAGGCUGAGCGGGCAAGUACUCAGACCAGCAGAGACAGCAGCUGCCACUGAAGACAAGCUCCAUCCCAGAACAACAUAGACAGGAGGACUGGGGAAGAAAAUAGACACCACUCCACCAAUCUCCUGCCCCAAGCAACCCUUUUCCUGCCAGCCACAUCUAACCCUUCUGGAUUACAAGGGCCAAGUGCACAGAGGGCAGGAUGGGUUUUCCAAAGGUUUGUUUUUCUAUCCUCCCAACCAAGAGAAUAAACUAGAAGAAGAAAAAGCCUGGGGCAGCCUGCAUGGUGCUAAGAGGAGUGAAGAGCCCAAAGUAGCGUUCUCCAGUUGGGGUGUCUGAAGCACCUUCUCAUGGAAUCCCUCCACACAACGGUCCUAGCGAUGGGUCUGAAACACGAGGCCUCUGAACUCAUCCUGCUGAUGAUCUGAAAUAUGUACCUGGCGCCCCUGGGACAGAGCAGGCACCGAACGAUGGCAAUGAACCUGGGCAGCUCCUAGUUCCAAAGGAAGAACGCUGGUGUGGAUCUUCGUUCCCUCUUCACUGUGAAAGUGUGGCCUGGGCUCCCCAAGGGAUCCCCUGAAAGAUGAGUGAUGGCAUGUGGAUCUCCCUCAGCCCGACAGAAUUUGCGCAGCUCCAGCAAUAUUCUGAUUAUUCCACUAAGAAGCUGAAGGAUGUCUUGAAAGAGUUCCAAGGGGAUGGAGUCCUCUCAAAAUAUAACCCAGAGCAGAAGCAAGAUACCCUGAACCAACCCAUUGACUACGAGGGGUUUCGACUCUUCAUGAAGACGUACCUGGAGGUGGAUAUUCCUGAGGAGCUUUGCCAGCACCUCUUCAUGUCCUUCAAACGCAAGAUCUGCCAAUAUUCCCCAGAGUCUCGGCGACAAGGUUCCAGCAUCUCGCAGCUCAACAUCCUGGAGCCAAAAUCUAUUGAUGCGGGCAUCUCCAUCCAGACUGAAGUGGCCUGCGCCCCCGUCACAGGGAUCAAUGGGAAAACUCUCUUAAGUGCCCUGGGAAGACACACUCCUGACUCCAGGAGCUCCCCCUCUAGCCUCGCAGACCAGCAGUCCGCUUCUCUGACUUCUGCACUUCUAGCCAACACCAGUGCCCUUGGGAACGCCUCUCCCAACUGGUCUAGGUCCUCCUCUCAGAAAUCCACUGUCGGCACCCCCUCUGCUCAUAACUCAUCAGGCUCCUCGAAGAUUUCCGCCAGGGCUGUGCUCAGCCCUCAGUCCCCAGGCUCACGAAGCCUGGAGAAGAGGUUACCGUUCAGUCUGCGGAAGACCCACAACUCCCUGAAAGCGGCCAAUCCACACCUGCCAGCCCUCAUGUCUCAGGUAGCCUACCUGAAGGACAUCGUCUGCUACCUGUCGCUGCUGGAAAGGGGCCGGGCUGAGGACAAGCUGGAGUUUAUGUUUCGUCUCUACGACACCGAUGGCAAUGGCGUCCUGGACAGCUCGGAGCUGGAUCGGAUCAUCAAUCAAAUGGUGCACGUGGCAGAAUACUUGGAGUGGGACUCGACGGAGCUCAAGCCGAUUUUGAAGGAGAUGAUGGAGGAAAUAGACUAUGAUCAUGAUGGCACCGUGACGCUGGAAGAGUGGAUCCGUGGCGGCAUGACCACCAUCCCCUUGCUAGUCUUGCUGGGGAUGGAGACGAACGUGAAGGACGACGGGCAGCAUGCCUGGAGACUGAAGCACUUCAAGAAACCUGCCUACUGCAACUUCUGCCGCACGAUGCUGUUGGGGGUCCGGAAACAGGGCUUGUGCUGCUCCUUUUGUAAAUAUACCGUCCAUGAACGGUGUGUGUCCAAAGAGAUUGCCUCGUGCAUCAGCACAUACGUGAAAUCCAAGAGGAACACCAAUGUCAUGCAGCACACCUGGAUCGAGGGGAACUCCCCAGUCAAGUGUGACCGGUGCCACAAAAGCAUCAAGUGCUACCAGGGUAUUACCGGGCUACACUGUGCAUGGUGCCAAAUCACACUUCACAACAAAUGUGCCUCCCAUGUGAAGCCAGAGUGUGACGGAGGGCAGCUCAAGGACCACAUCUUGCUGCCCUCUAACAUCUGCCCAGUGGUUCUGGACAGGCAGUCCCACCCCAGGAAGUCAGACAGCGAUUCCCCUGCCAGCACCUGUCCAGACGACACCGCCCAGACCUUCAAAUUCAAUACCACCACGCUGGACGGGCAUGGCCUACAGAUUACCCCCAGGCCCGGGACCCACCCUCUGCUGGUGUUCGUGAAUCCCAAGAGUGGAGGGAGACAAGGAGAAAGAGUCCUUCGGAAAUUCCACUAUCUGCUCAACCCCAGACAAGUGUACAACCUGGACCGAGGGGGACCGACUCCUGGGUUGAAUUUUUUCCGCGACACCCCAGACUUUCGUGUCCUGGCAUGUGGAGGGGAUGGGACUGUUGGCUGGAUCCUGGACUGCAUAGACAAGGUGAACUUCCUGAAGCACCCCCCUGUGGCUGUCCUGCCACUGGGAACGGGCAACGACCUGGCCAGGUGUCUGCGAUGGGGAGGAGGUUAUGAAGGGGGCAGCCUGCUGAAGGUGCUGAAGGACAUUGAGCACAGCAUUGAGGUCAUGUUGGACAGGUGGCGGAUUGAUGUGAUCCCCACGGACAAGGAGAACGGAGACCCUGUCCCGUACAGCAUAAUCAACAACUAUUUCUCCAUAGGCGUGGAUGCCUCCAUCGCACAUCGAUUCCACAUGAUGAGAGAAAAGCACCCUGAGAAAUUCAACAGCAGGAUGAAGAACAAGCUGUGGUAUUUUGAAUUUGGCACUACUGAAACCUUCGCUGCUACCUGCAAGAAGCUCCACGACUACCUAGAGAUCGAGUGUGACGGAACGCUGCUGGACCUGAGCAGUACCUCGCUGGAGGGCAUCGCCGUACUCAACAUCCCCAGCAUGUAUGGUGGCUCCAAUCUCUGGGGCGAGACCAAGAGACAGCGCAGCUAUAACCGGAUGAGCAAGAAAGUGCCCGAAAAGUUGCACUCCACGGUGGUCACUGAUGCCAAGGAACUCAAAUUCUGCAUCCAAGACCUCAGCGACCAGCUCCUGGAAGUGGUGGGUCUCGAGGGAGCGAUGGAGAUGGGGCAGAUCUACACUGGACUGAAGAGUGCUGGAAAGAGACUGGCCCAGUGUUCAUCCGUCACCAUCAGGACAGCAAAGCUGUUGCCCAUGCAGGUGGAUGGAGAGCCCUGGAUGCAGCCUCCCUGCACAAUAAAAAUUACCCACAAAAGCCAAGUGCCAAUGUUGCUGGGCGCUCCCCAGAAGAGCAGCUUCUUCUUCCUGAAGCGAAGAAACCGAACUCAAGAUUAAACAAGCAAAGAAAUCAAGUCCAGAGGUGACAAUGUUGCAUCCCGCUGGCAACUGCUGCAAGAAAGGCCUAUGGAAAAGGACCUUCAUCUCUUCAGAUUUCCUGACUUCUCGCUCUGCUUUGGAAACAGCAGACCCCGGGCAGUGGUUUGAACAGCAAGUGGAAAAGAGCAGCCAAUGGUUCCAUGUGAAAUGAGGUGUAGUUUGGGUUUGUACACACACACACACACACACACACUCUACUGGCAGGCACCACCUGGAUGGUUUGGGGGAAAAAAAUAAAAAAAGAGAGAGAUUUUUCCUAGAACGUCUCAAUUGCAGGAGUGAAAACAAACUCUCAGUGCCAGGGAAGGGUUUUGUCCCUGGUGAAGCCUUAGACUCUGUUGAGAAAAUUUAUUAUCCUCUGAAAAUAGACCAGCACAGAUGGCCUGGAAUGGAUGGAGUAUAAUAUCUGGCCCAACACUUCAAAUGAGAGUUGGUUUCUUUUUUUUAUUUAAACACUUAACUCCCCACCUGUCCCCCAAAGUUGCCAGUGAAACACAGGGACCUGCCAAGAAGCUGAGUGUCACUUAUUUAUUGUUUAAUUCUGUCCGAGGAUACUGGAUGUUUCAUUGCACUGUCCCUGUGGACACUAAAUCCUAUACAUUCUAACAGUUAUUUGUUGUCUUAGCUUCAGCAACACUGAAGAGGGGGAGAUGGUACCUUUUCUCAAACUGUUCUAAUUUAAUUGUUUAAAAGUACUCCACCACUAGCUUUUUUGGGAGGGGAACGGGGGGGGGGAGGGCAGGUUUAAACAGAAACAAGUUUGUCAUUCAGUUUCAAACCCAUUUGGGUGCGAGCUAUGUUUGAAGAGAGGGAGCCAGAAGGGACGGGGGGAGGCCACACAAGGAGAGCCCAUUCCUUGGAUGCCAGAAACAAGCUCAGGGUAAACAAGGGGAGACAACACUUGGAAUGUAUAACUGGUCAAACAUGGGCCUUGCCAGGCUGCCAGCCUCCAUGGAAUCCUGAAUCCAAUUUUGGACCCCACCUGUGUGGUUUUUUUAUUUAUAUAUUUAUUGAAUAGAUUCUUUUCCCUUAAAAAGAAAAUUUGAUGGGAAUGUAACGUCCCAAUUUUCCCUGGCAGUUCCAGUUAAGAGAGAGGCCCAAACUCUCCUUACAGGAGAGUAUUAUUCUUAAUAGGGUUGCUUUAGCCCACUGACAAAUGGCCUGAGUUGAAUUUUGGAUGUGAUGUGGCACUCAGCCUUCACUAAUGCAGCAAAGGACUUAUGCUGAGUCAUCAAAAUUCGUGGCAGUCUUGUGAAUGGCUUUGGAAGAGGCGCUGGUCUGGGGAUGAAAUCAAAGUCAACCCAGUAGAAGCACUGCAGAGAGUUAUUUUCUUUCUAAAGCACAACAGUGCAAGCAGGGUGGGGGGAAGAAAGGUAAAGAGUAUACAGCGAAGGGAGACAAAAGCAACACGGCUUCAAAUGUGAUUGUAAUAUACAAGCUAUUUGCUACUAUGCUUUCCUGCCUAGGGGACCUGCAUUCAGAUUUGGCUUAGGUCAUAUAAGUGUGAUGGUCUCAUCCUAGGUUUCAGAGUAGCCGCCGUGUUAGUCUGUGUUCGCAAAAAGAAAAGGAGUACUUGUGGCACCUUAGAGACUAACAAAUUUAUUUGAGCAUAAGCUUUCGUGAGCUACAGCUCAUCCUAGUUCCCCACUGAAUCUGUCCUGAAUAUCAAACCCACCAACCUGAUGGGUUGGCAGUUAGGCAGAGUGCUGUGUCAAGAUCUUCUGUGCCAGCUAUGGACUGGUGACAGCGCUUGCUUAUACACACCAGCUGUGUUCAUCAUAGGAUCCUUCAAAUGCGCUCCCAGGUAUGGUUGAGGUUAAUUUCAAUAAGAUGUUUUACACACCAUGCCACUAGUGGCUGAACAGUAUAAUACAUCCAUUACAUCUCCCCCUUUAAGUUCUAUAUUCCUCCCGUUUACGAUAUUUAUGCUAUCCUACGGUCUUUGAAGUUUCAUAUGGACCACUCUGUUAAGUGUGUCUGAAUCAUACUGAUUUUCUAAAUGCAUAGCACCUUGGUCAUCUGGCUGUCCAGUAGUUGCUGGUUGUGGUUGGUUUGGAAUCCUUAAGUCGUCUUCUUGUUCUGCACCUGCCAUCUGUAGAGAUUGCUCUGUUGAUUGUUCUUUUGGAGGAACAAACUGUAGGUGUUGAUGAUUUCUGUUGAACUCUCUACUCUUGGUCUUAAUCACAUAUGAUCUGGGCACUGAAUUUUUUCUUCAUGUCACCUGCAGUUGUCCAUCCCAUUUCUUCAUCCAAUUUGACAUGAACUGUUCUAGACCCAACAGUUCUCUGAGUGAUUUCUGUUGUAAAAGCGCUUAUAGACUUUGUAUCUGAUUUGGCUACUCUCUGCAUGUCUGGCCACUUUGGAGAUAGAUUCUUUUUCAACAUUGCAGCAGUAGUUCUGAGUUGUCCUCCCAUCAGGAGUUGUGCUGGACUCCAUCCAGUAGCCGUUGUUGGUGUUGAUCUGUAACUCAGAAGAACAAGGAAUGGAUCUUCCUGCUAUAGGAUUUUCUUGGCUGUCUGUUCAGCUCUCUCAGCCUCUCCAUUCACUUGUGGGAAACUUGGGCUGCUAGAAAUAUGAUCAAAAUCAUAUUUCAUUCAGAAUUACUUAAAUGUACCUCCUUUCAAAAGUCCAACAUCAUCAAAUCCUCUGAGUUCUUCCACCUUUCCCACUAGGCCCAUCAUGGUUACCAUACUGUGGCUGAGAAGGCUGUUACCUUGAUCACAUACACUCUGAAUGCAAAGCUUUUGUCUUUGUAAGUUGUUUCUGUGGUGAACUGGCCCAUGCAAUUCAGAAUACCUCCAGGACUAGUCAGAGCUUUGUCAGGUGACUUCAGCUCUGGGAGGGGUUGAAGGUGAUUGUAAGUCUCUUCUGAGGUGACUGUAACAUCAGCUCCUGAGUCGAUUUUUAAAGUCAAUAGCCUUGCCAUGAAUAUUCAGUUUCACUCUCCAGGCAGGCUGUGUGUCAUCACAAGGGAUAGAUUCCCAGAAACAAUGCCCCUUGAUGGUCUGUCAUACGAAUCAACUCCUUGACUGUUUUGGUGCAGCAAACAGCUGCAAAAUGUCCAUAUUUCUUGCAUGUAAGACACCAUGUGCCUGUGGCUGGACAUGCAUCAUCUCUUGGGAUGUGACUUUUUCCACACCAAGCAGGAGCCCUGCACAACUGCCCCUGAAAGUGCUUUUAGGAAGGAGAACAAUUUGCCGUGGUCAUCUCCCUACAAGAGCAACACCUGCAGGCAUGCCAACAACACCUCAAGUCCGACUGUGAGAAAUGCAGCUGGUGGAACUAACGGUGCCAGCCCAGAUGACUUGAUCUUCAUCUAUCGCUGGGUGGAGAUUGUCAGCCAAUGCAGCUAGCUCAGUCUCUGUACCAGACCAAAGCUGGUACCCAGCUUCUCAUGGGCCACGGAGACCUGAGGGGUCUAGGUGCUGUGAGGGUGUCACUCUACAGGCUUGUCCAGGGGACUUUGACCAUAAAAGGAAGAUCAGACCCUGGACAAAAAUGAACUAGAUUGUCAGUGCCAAGCAAUGAAUUCCUGAGCACAGGCCCGAGGCUGGCAUCCUGCCCCCUGCAGGGAGGCAUUGACAACCUCUCUUAGCACAGGACUGGGCACUUCCCACUGGCCUUCUCCACCCACGAAGGGCAUGGAUCCAAUGCACAGGAUGUAGCCCGAAGCCCUCUCAGCACCUGCAGGCCCUUGACAGCCCUCCAGGACACUGAUCCAUACAGAAAGACAGGUCAGUCUGAAUGGAAGCACUUGACCAGGCUGAGACAGGGAGUGUUCACUGAGCUAUCCCCAAACUAUACAAGAAGGCGGAGAUUGCAGAUGUGACAUUGGAGGGGACUGAGCUGCAAGGAGGACUCUAGAGCAGAGCAUGGCUAUGGGCACCAAGUGCUGUGUCUGGAAGCUCUACAGGGAGCUGAUAGAGCAUUGAGAGUCAUGCUAACAUGGGCAGAACUAAUGCAUAUGUGGCUUGGCAGACUUCACUGGGCUGUGACCAGGAGCACGUAGAUGGGAGUUCCCGAGAGAGUCCAGAGGGGAGAGGAAUAACCAAAUGUUUAGAACAGCAGGAAGCUAGGCUGGAAUUGUUUUCUGGUCCUCAUUCCCCACCCAAUUUCUGCUCUCCUCACUCCACGUAUCAGGGGGCCCCAAGGAAUCAUCUUCCUUCUUUCCCUGCCCUGAUCUCUUCUCCUCAUCCCCAAGCCUAGGAGUGUGGCUGCAGCACCUGAUCUUCUGCUCCCUGCCAUGAUCAGCACCAUGCCUGCUCCUCGCUUGCUCUGCUCCCCCAUGUGGCUACCCAUUUUGCUGCACCGAGCAAGGACCCAGGGGCAGGAGGGGCAUCUAGCCACUACUCAGCAGAUAUCAAAGUAGCCCCUAGCAGCUGAAGGGCAACACUUCAGGGAGAAACAAGUGGGAAAGCCUAAUGGUAGUCCAUUUCUCUCCCCAUGUCAUUUUCUCCUGGCCAUAGGGCAGGGAACUCAGUCUGGAGACAGCAGUUCCAUCACUUUUAGCAGUGUGACAGCAGGAAGGGCAGAAUUAGCAAUGCAGAGAGCCGUUGGUCAUCAUUGGGUUUCAGAGUCAACACUCAAUGAGGGCAGUUCACCCUUCUCCUAGGUACUCUGAUAUUACAGUGAUAGCAUAACCUAGAUGGAUGAGUUAGUGUUUCAGUUUGCAGACAGUGUAAGUGAAAAAUAUUGAAGCAUAGCAUUAGCUGUCUAGAAAGAGACCUGGCAACUUGCUGACCUACACAGAGAUCUAGGGCUGAUACCUGGAGACCAGCUGAUCAUUGAUUUUGUAGAGAGGGUCUGGGACUCACCAUGCAAAUUGUUGCCAGAAACCAGUCCAAUGCAUUAGCCAGGCUUCAGUCAUGCAGAUGGAGUCCAAGCAGACAGUGUGACAUGGAAGGUUUCCUAUGAUGUGGCAUAUUCUUCUCCCCUGAGCACUAAGGUGGAAGAUAAAGCUGCUCUCCCCCUCAAACUGAUUAACAGUAAGCAAAAGUCCCAUUAAUGUACUUGUG